AUGGUUAUUGUCCGUACCUUCCUUGUAGUCGUAGUAGCUAGAAAUUGGGAGCUUCAUCAAAUGGACCUACAUAAUGCAUUCUUGCAUGGUGACCUUCAUGAGGAAGUCUACAUGCAAAUGCCUCUUGGUUUUCAGUCAGAUAAACCAGGAAUUUUUCUGUCUCAACGUAAGUAUGCUUUGGAUAUUAUCUCUGAAGUUGGAUUACUUGGUGCAAAACCUGCUACUUUUCCUCUGGAGCAGAAUCACAAUCUCGCCUUGACAGAUGGGCCUCUCUUAUCUGAUCCUGAGCGAUACAGGCGCUUGCAACCGCAAGAAAGACAUUGGGAGGCCGCAUUGCAAGUGGUGCACUACUUGAAAGGAAAUCCUGGUCAAGGAAUUCUCUUGCGUUCAGAUUGUGACUUACAUUUAUAUGCAUGGUGUGAUUCAGACUGGAGAUUAGAUUACAAUAAUGAUAAGGAUAACAGUGGUGAUAAUCAUAAUGAUAAAGACUGA